CAAAACACUGAGGAUGAUCCAUUUGGUAGCUCUGAAUUGGAAGUACCCUGAGUGCUGGCAUGAGGGAGGUAAUUGUGAGAGAAAGAAAUCUGGAAUUAGUUCGCUGGUGGAUGAUGUCUUUGAAGCUUAAAAUUGUAAGAGUCACAAGGUUCCCAGUAAGGCUGUACACAGCUUUGUGCUGUGCAGGAGCUUUUUAUUUUAAGAAAAGAGCUAAGAAAUUGGUUUGGAAAUUUACUGUUUAACAAAACUGAAAAGGAUUGGUCUGAACUAGGACACCAAAGUGUUCAGGCCACUUAUGUUGUAUAGCACGUGUGCUUAGCACCGUUGUGAGAGAUGCUUUCUCAGAGGGCAUCGUUUCAGAGGCUUGCCUUUAAUUAGCAGUGAGCUGAAAGUAAACAUUUGAGAACAUUAGGGUUUUGACUAGGUUUAUGCAAAAUGUUAACAAUAAAUAACAAACCUGGCUUGAGUAUGUUUAUCAGAGUUUGUUAGACUUCUUGACCUUUUAGUUGAAGCAAGGCCACAGAGGUAUAUCUCAAGAGCAGCUUAGCUUUGUCAAUCAUUACUGAAGUAAUGGCAACAACAUAAUGCUUAACAACUAAACAUAUUCAUGGCAACACCUUUUGUGUUAAAUCUGGAAGAACUGUAGUUAAUGGUGCAUUUCAGCCACUGGCAAUAAACUUCAGUGACAAUCUAUUACUGAACAAAUCAGGAUCAUCUGUUCUGUAGUGAUCAGAGCUAUGAUGCAAACCAUCUUCCACCAUUGUUUAACUACAUCAUCUGAAUGUGUCCAUUAGAAUCAAAUGGUCUUUAUCUUCUGCAAUGAAAUUUUGUGUCCCUUAUGAGAAUCACUGGCAACGUGCAUUUUUUCAGAUUCCUUUUCCUAGCAAACCAGUCCCUGGCAGCUGUAUAACAGCAGUAGAGAUGACAGUGGUGGUUGUCUCAGGCUGGGAAGGGUUUCCUUCAUUCUUGGUGCAUGUUUGAGGUGAUAGGCACAGUGCACAGGAGGUGGUUGGAGGUAGCUCUGCUUUUUCUGUAAUGCCAAAAUUGCAGCUGUAGGCAACGUGUAAUGAAAGCACAGCCUUGAGAUAUGGUCUCCGGUGAUACUUUAUUUGUAGCAGGUCCUGUUAAAUACAACCAUAGGUUAAUAUGGAACCAAGCUUCAGCAACAAGAAUUUGUGAAUAGCUAUGAAAAUACUGAAACAACCACAAGGUCCUGACCUCAAACUAGUGUUCCUUUAACUUCUAGCAGCUGUUUGAGUUUUUCCUGCAAUCCCAAAUUAGUUCCCUGGCUAGCAGUAAUUUCUGAAGCCUGGGAAGCCAUUGGGUAACAUGUUCUUGGCAGAAGGCACAAUAUGCUGAGAAGUUUUAAAAGCUCCAAAUUACAGAGGGCAAAACACUGCUGCAAACAAAGUUCUUCCCACAUUUCUCCUGCUAGUGAUGUGGAGACCUGGAGCUUUGUGUUUCAGUUCAUGGAUCACAGGAACUGGACUUCUGUGUUUAACCUUCUUUCAGUUAGCAGACUCUGAGUUGGACUGUGAGCUUGGCGAGAGGUGUGUUGGGCAGAGUGAUGAAAACUUUAGCAGCUGGCAUGUGUGGUUCCUGAUGUUGUUUUGCCUGGCCUUGCUCCUGUCCUGCGGGAUCUGCUGCUGCCUGCAAUGCUGGCUGAAACGGCGGAGCUGCCUCCCCCACCAACGCACCCUGGCCGUCUUUGCACUCAGUAGUUCAGAUGCCUUUUGUGAGAGUGAAGUGCCUCAGUGCCCAUUCUCCGGAUCUCUGAACCCCUGCAUGACUGCAGAGAUGUCCUCCUCACCUGCUCCAUGGCUCAGCCUUGGAGGAACUGAGUUGCCUCCGUCCUAUGAGGAUAUUAUGAAGGAAAAUAAGCUCUAGACACCACAUGUUGGCUCCCUGCGGUUCCAUCUGGUUCAUCAGAGAUCUUCCAUUAGGCUACAACAGUGUGAUAUCAAAUCAGCCCUUUCUACAGGUUGGCCCAGAGACUGAAAAACAGCACAAAUUUCAUCUUAACCUAAAAGGAGAGACAAAAUGCAGCAGAAUAAAUGCCAAAAGCAUGUGUUGGAUCUGUCACAGGAGCUCAGAUUGAUAUUUUGUUAAGACUCUAGGUUUUGAGAAGCUCCCUCAAAGGUCUGUCUGUAUUCGGUGUUUCUGGCUCAGCCUCCAGAUUUAUUUCUCUAAGGCUACUUGCACUGGUGCAACCCCAUGUGUUUUAGAACCAAACAUUGAUAAAUGACUUGAUAGUUACUUCUCAAACUUGAGCUGCCUCCUUCACUCAGCACAGUGCCAACAAACACCCUCUGGCAAAGUCAUGUUGUUCUAAUACAUUGUAAUGCAAUCAUGCCACUCUGCAAUGAAGGAUUAUUUGCCACAUUUAAAAUAUUUAGCACAGCAUAUCAGAUUUGUUUAGUGCGAAAGGCAGAAAAUUUAUGACCAGGAGAGGGAAAGCAAGACAUGGUGAUUAUGGGGGGAGUAGAAGCAGCAGGGGCUGGCUACAGAAAGUGAAAAAAGUGAGUUUACUCACUUAAGCUGUUCUUAAUUUCAUGGUGACUGUCCCCAGCUACUUUUGCCUUAGCCUUACAGACCUAUGAGCUUUUUAUUGCACAGAGCCCACAUGGCAGUUCCCCAAAAGCAUGAAUUAUGGGGUUAGGUAUUAGGUGUUUAGCUACAGAGAUUUAUUAGGAUAGAGAAUGCAAUUUUCUUUGAGUUUACUACUGCAGACAGGACAGGAAGAGACUUCAAGAAGCCAUCCAAUCUGUCUUGCACCCAAACAGGAUCAGCUCUACCUAAGCCAUUCUAGGAGGUAUUAGCCUGCCUAGUGCUCAAAUUACAGAGGAAGGGUGCAGAAUUUUCCCCUUAGCUGGAUUUCAGAUGAAAGCAAACAUUUCCUUUGUUUGCCAUAGGCAGGUGACUGAAGGCUGAAUUCAGCCUGCCUGACCUCCCUGUCUCUGCUCUCUCAAAGGCAAGGGCCGGGGGCUGCAAUUAGCCCCACUUGGUGCAGUAGGUAACUGUCGCAUCUAGUACCUUGCGCUGCACAUGCAAGGAUCCACGAUCUCCCAGUCAAAGUGGGCAGCUGGGUCCAUCUUGGGUACCACAAAAGAUUAAUGGAAGCCCACAGCCUGCCUCACGGAGUAGUUCCCUAGCUGUAGGGUGGGGCUAGUACCAGUUCCUCUGCUGAGAAAGGGAACUGGGAAGAUAAAUCCACGGAAGGUUGUGAAAUGCUCACAUUUUCUCUUAAUGAAGCUGUGUAAGUACCUUCGUGAGAUAAAGAAUUAUAGCAUAUUUUGAGAGACAAAUUCUCUGCCAGCACCACUGCAAAUUAUCGCCAUAAAAUCUUAUUUUAGAAGCAGCUUUAAUGUUCGAGUCUUGUGUGAAGGGAAAUGUUACUGUAACAAAAUGAAUGUUUGUGCCAGCAGGCUAAAAUAUUACGAGGUUUAUUAAUAAGGAAAAUUAGCAAGUGCAGCCUUGGCCAGCGGAGACAUUGAGCAAUUCCUGAGUGUCUUUUCACUGUCUGAACUUGGUAAGAAUUGCAGGUAAACAGCACCUCUCAGAAUCAGACCUUCUUCACACGUAACUACUUCUACUACUCAAUCCCUUCAUUUUAUGCCCUGAAGCAUGAGAUUUGAUUAUAUUUGUCACUUCAGCUUGCAUAGCCUGCUAGUGGGCAUUAAAUCAGCCAUUGUUUCCUCCCCACCUACACACUGUAUUAGCUCCAGUGACCCUUUCAUGGAAGUGAACUCCACAGUUUGUCUGCAUUAUAUGCUGCAUAAAACAUUACAGUCUUCCACUUAUUACUUGGCUUUAAAUAAAUUGCUGCCUUUAAUUUCAUUGAAUGUCACCUUCUAAUCAGAUGGCUGGAGAGGCUAUCAAGCAAGGACUGCUCUGGUUUCAAUGCUUUCAUCACUCUGCAUCUCUCUUUCGCAAAGUCCAGAAAGCAGCACUCAUUAUCAGGAUGGUAAAUCCCACCCAACAGAGGGCAAGGGAGGCACUCGGCAACACAUCCAGGAGGCUGCUGCUCUUGCAGCAACGCUCAUGGGAAACGGGUUUCUGUUUCUGUGGCACUAGUAUGUAUUCCAGUGCGUUCAGUUUCAUGUAUGGGGUACUUUAAUUAUUCACUAAACAAUAAAAUUAUUCCAUCAAAAUUGCAUCAAGUUUAUAGUGAAGCGAGCUAGUGGCUGUCACAAAACUAGGCUCCAGCUAGAGUCACCAGCAUGGGAGGAGCUGUGUGCUGUGGUACUUGUGCGAGGUGACAGGAGACGUGAAUGCUUCGAAAAGCUGCUGAAGACCAGGAGCUAUCUGGAAAAAGAGCUCAGGUAGGGUUGUUUUGCAGGGGGCGGUGCAUAAACUGACCUUGCUGCUGGCUUGGGGUGGGAAAGGAGGGCACCCCGAAAGGAGGCUCAGUGGGCACUGGCCUCGUCCUUGGCUCCCUGAUCAUUAAGAUUGAGAAAAGGUUGUGUUUCCUCCCUGUGCAAAUGUGUUUGGGAUGGCCUCACUGACCUACUAUUGUCUAUGAAAGCUGCUCCUUCCAGACUGCCCCCUUAAUCCAAGGUGCUCCAGGAGAAUGGACAAUGUUUCUCCAGAACUGCACUCCCAUUCUUACAAAAGCAGACAUUUUUCUGGUACCUUAUGCUGUCCUUAAUGAGGGCAGUUAGUGCAGUUUGGCUGAUGUUUCCAGUAUUAUAAGGAAAGACGAGUCAUUUCUUUAUAAUUCAUCACCUUAGGAAUAGGGUUUGCUUUGGAAAAGCACUUGUUCUGCUGUGAACCUCUGGCUGCCACUCAUCCUCUGACUUACACUUCCUGUUAACAUUGCGAAGAAAUGGCAGACUACUCUAGAAAUAAAACAGAAAACAGUAGAAGGCAGAUGUAUUUGUGGGAGAACUUGUCAGCAAGCCUUGAAAGGGGGAAAUGGGAGCAGUGCAGAGAAGCUAAUUGCUUGGUGACCAUCUGGAAGGAAAAAAAGAAGGGAAUGUGGGGAGGCACACUGCCGGACUUUCACCUCUGCGCAUCAAGAGCUGAAUAAUAAGGUCAUAAUCAGGCUCUCAUGCAAAAUAGAGCAAAACUAAAGGCAGCUGACUCAUAACUGGGGAUCAGUCAGGGCUGCCAGCAGAGUUACACCCAAAAGAUGUGAAAAUAAUAAAAAUUCUCGUUAAUCUAUUGUUUUUUAUUGUCAUUUGAAGACUCUGGAUUACGGGCUAAAGGCUUCUGUGUAGGGAGAAAGAGGAUGGUGCCAAGGACAGAUGCUUGCCCUAGUUGGGUCACUAGAUGGCACAAGUCUGACUCUUUCCCUUCUCGCUCAAAGGCAUCUUACAGCAGGGACCCAAGAGCUACCAGGAAAAAAAU